CGUCUUCCCCUUGCAGACAACAACAUACCCCCUGCUCAACGCUAGAAGUUGAAUUCAGAGGGCGCAAAUAUGGAAGGAAACUGCCAGAGAAAAACACUCUUGCUGAGCUCAUGAGCGGGCCUAGGAAGGAUGAUGGGAAGGAUUUCACUGGUGUGACGCCGAAUUAUUGCCCAGUUAGCUAAAAAAUAGUCGUUGAACUGGAUUGUGCUGGAGUCAGAAAGGACGGCUUGUCCCUGAUACACUGCUAGCAUUUGGGGUCUAUACUGAAGGGGAGGAAAAAAUGAGGUUCGCUCAGUUUUUGUUGAAAAACGGCUCGUUAGCUGGGAUACCGAAACAAGUGGAGAGGUUUUCCAAGUUCUCGCCUUCCCCAUUGUCAAUGAAGCAGUUUAUUGACUUUGGCUCUGCUAAUGCAUGUGAGAAGACGUCCUUUGUGUUCCUGCGACAGGAGCUUCCUGUUAGACUGGCCAACAUCAUGAAAGAAAUUGAUUACCUCCCCGACAAGCUUCUUGGCACUCCAUCUGUAAAGCUCCUGACAAGCUGGUAUUCACAAAGUUUGAUGGAGCUUGUUGACUUUUUAGAAAAAGAUCCGGACGAUAAGGAUGUCCUAAAAAACUUCACACAGACUCUAGUGAACAUCCGUAACCGGCACAACAACGUGGUGCCCACCAUGGCUCAGGGUGUGCUGGAGUUCAAGGAGGCGUUCGGCGUGGACCCCGUCACCAACCAGAACGUCCAGUACUUCCUGGACCGCUUCUACAUGAGCCGCAUCUCCACACGCAUGCUCAUGAACCAGCACACGUUAAUCUUCGACGGCAGCGUAAAUCCAGCCCAUCCCAAACAUAUCGGCGGCAUCGACCCCAGCUGUGACGUGGUGGAAGUCGUAAAAGAUGCCUAUGAGACCUCCAAGAUGCUGUGUGAGCAGUAUUACCUCACCUCUCCUGACAUGGAGAUAAAGGAGGUAAACUCUAAAAGCUCGGGCCAGCCCAUCCACAUCGUAUAUGUUCCUUCGCAUCUCUACCACAUGCUGUUUGAACUCUUCAAGAACGCCAUGAGAGCCACCGUAGAGACACACGAGACGAGCCCGUCGUUGCCCCCGAUUAAAGUCCGCGUCUCACUGGGCAUUGAGGACCUCACUAUCAAGAUGUCGGACAAAGGUGGCGGAGUCCCCCUGAGGAAGAUCGAACGUCUUUUCAGCUACAUGUACACCACGGCUCCCAGUCCCGUCCACGUGGACAUGUCUAGAAACGCUCCACUGGCUGGUUUUGGUUAUGGUCUUCCUAUCUCUCGCCUUUAUGCCAAGUACUUCCAGGGAGACCUGCAGCUCUACUCCAUGGAGGGCUACGGCACUUCAGCUGUCAUAUAUUUAAAGGCCCUGUCCUCGGAGUCGGUGGAGAGACUUCCUGUUUUCAACAAGUCAGCCCUGCGGCACUACCAGAGCACCAUAGAGGCAGACGACUGGUGCAUGCCCAGCAAGGAGCCAAAGAAACUGGGCAAGUAUGAGAGGACCCAGUGAUGGAGGACCCAGGAGGAAACGGAAGAGACUCUGGAACUGUUUGAAUGAAGUGUAAAAACAAACAAAAGGAAAAAAAGCAAAGUUGUGAGGAGACAAUGAAGCCUAUCAUGCGACUGAACUCGGAUUUCUCUGUAUGAAAUGUGGGAUCUUCUCCCAGACAGGAAAGCUUCAGGAGAGCUGCGAUGAGAAACUGUCUUUCAAGGAGAAAUGGUGAAACAUAAAAACACAUUUCAAACCAGCUUAACCUCACAAAACCUCAUACACACACACCGCUUGUAAGUCUGUUUGUGCUGCUAAUGGAAGAUGAUAAAGGAAAAAAACAAAGCUAAGAGUUUCAUUUGUUUCACGCCUCAGUUAGUAGAUACAAGACCUACCCGCUUCUGUUGAGAAGUGUCUUCACACACAAACACUAAGGAACUUUAGGAACGUUACGCACACAAGUAUUCCCACUGUAACUUUUAUUGUUGCACGCGGUCGUCGCUCCAGAUUCCUCAUCCGCUGAUCUUCCAGGUGUUUUUGUUUUUUUUUUACUUCAGUGUUAGUAGGAAAAAAAGAAAAAAAUCUCAGCAUGAUUUCCAGAGGAAACUUCACUCCUUUUAAUGUUUCUCUUAACGUUUUAAUAACUAAGGUGCACGUGUGAACAUGACUGAGCUGUAAUUAUUUCUCAAAUCGGAGACUGAUAAGACGAUCCUGGGUUUACUAAUCCUGCAUAAGGUGUUUGUGUCUGGGAAAGCCUGGCUGAAGCCAAGCCAGCGUGGGAUCACUCAGGUCAAACAUGAUGAGUUUAGUAACACAAAGGGAGCAAAGUCUGCUUUUAACCCUCCAUGUCACUUAAUUCACUCGACUAAAAACAUUUCUUAGUGAUUUAAAAAAAUAAAGUGAUUUAGCAGCGGUGCUAAAUCUGAUAGUUUUUAGCUAGAAAAUCAUGAACCUCUUACUGUAGCGUCGAGUCCUUGCAUGCUGAACUUUGAAAGUUUCCACUUCAACAGCUGCCAGGUUCACUUUGGUCUGAACCAAACAGAUGUUUGUCUUUUUCAGUAUCUCCUAAAAAAAAUAAAAUAACUGCCAAAACUUGCAUAACAGGUUUCAGCAUAUUGCUGUUUUUUACUUCUGUGUUAUCACCCAAGUGUUUUGUAAUGAUGCGUGAGUUUUGUCAUCCGUUUUCCAUUUUAAAAUGCUGUGCAGGAAUGUAAAGCAGAGAAUACAGAAGACAAGCCAAUUAAACUUCAUGCUAACGAUC